AUGGGCAUUUGUUCUUCUAAAUUAAGCGAAAAAGCCGAUUCUAUAAAGUCACCAAAAGAAGUAGAAUUUCAAUACAUUGAUGGUAGAAGAUUUCACAAUGUAGAAACUGUUGUAUAUCCUCUACCAAAUGAUGAAGAUGAAACAGAUAGGCUACACUUUCGACAUUUUUUAACUAGAUAUAUCUGGCAAAGUAAUUUUUCGGCUCCUAUCAACCAUCUCUUGGAUAAUUCAGAAACCGAAAUUCUUGAUGUUGGGUAUCCAUCAGUUAACAUUAUUGGAAUAGAUAUUUCGCAACAACAACCGACACAAAUAAAACCAAACAAUUUCAAUUUUGUUAAAGCAAAUGUUCUAGAAGGAUUACCAUUCGAAAAUAAUUCUUUUGAUUAUGUAUUUCAACGUAAUUUAAUGGGGGCAUUUAGUGAACAGGAUUGGAUAAUUGUAAUAAAUGAGCUUGUCAGAGUUUUAAAACCAGGUGGCUUCAUAGAGUUAAUGGAACAUUCCAUGUUAUACAAUAUGGGUCCAGCUACUAAAUGUUUAUGUGAUGCUCAAAUGGAUGCUAUGAAAAUACGAGGCACCGACCCGUUCAUAACUCUGAAAUUAUCUAGAAUUUUACAAAACCAAGGUCAAUUAGAAAAUGUUAAAGAAGAAGUAAGAGAAUGCCAUCAUGGUGCAAGUUCUAACCAAGCAGAACUUAAUCUUAGUAAGACGGCUGUCAGCAACAUGGUUACUUUGUAUGCUGCUUGGAAGCCUCGUUUAGCAAAAGCUAUGCAAAUUUCUUUCGAAGAAUUUGACGAGUUGGCUAAAAUAUCGGAAAAAGAACUAUUUGAGUAUGAUACUUAUUUUAAAUUAGUUCGCGUUUAUGCAAGGAAAGUGGCCAAUGUUAAUAAUUAA